CACAGUUACAAUUGUCCUACUGCAUAGUGUUGAUGAAUUUACUGUUAUUAUAAAAGGUGGAAAAUAUAUAACAAAGAAAGAGUAAGUGUUGGUUUACAUUAUAGCACGGUCAGAAAUAUUUAUUAUGGGUUCAGGUUUAUAUUUCUAUAUUUGAAUAUGAAUAUCAUAUACGAAUCUCCAAAGCUACUAAUAAAUCUCAUAAAUUACAGUUUAUUACAGUAGGACACAGGUCACGUGUAAUACAUGAUGUGUCCACUAGAUGUAGGCAGAGUUCCACAGCUGUGAUUUACUCUUCUACGUUACUAAAUACUGUAAUUAGUACAUUGUGCAAUACAAGAUGUGCUUUGAAAUCCGUUUUAAGCAUCAUAAUAAAAUGAUUAAAUAAUAUGGUAUUUUUCUAAACGAUCAAUAUGAAACUUUGUGCAACAAUGCAGCAAUGUGCUCAAUUUGAAUAAGAGUUUACUAAUUUAUCUAAAACAAUACUAAUGAAGUUAUAUAUUGGUGGGAAUGUCACUGUCACACUCUUUUCCCUCAGAAUAAGCAACACACACCCCUGUGAAGGCUUUCUGAACGCCCGACUGACUUGAGCACUCCACCAAACUUGACAGUUCCUGUUAUCCGCCUCCGGAGCGCGUGCCCGCACUGUUCCCGCCUCUCUCUCCCGCUCCAGCCAGUUCUCCCUGUCAAUCAUGCCGGCCGUUGGAAUGAUUGACAGCAGGCUAGUGUGCGUCCCGCAGCUCCGAUGAUGUAGGAGGAGACGCUACCAUCUGCAAAAAGUGCUAUAAUCCAUUUUUUAAAGGCAACGGUGUUUUUUCCAUGAAUUCAUUUCUACGCUAUACCGACCAAGAGGUUCAUGAUAUAAAACAGCACUAGCGAAAUAUGUUUUUUCCCAUGAACUAUUUUCGCAGCGCAUUAUUCAUUCGCUCGUCGUAAAGCAGUGACGUUCCGUCGCAAGACCCCGAUCGGGCUGCGAUUCCACCAACAUCGCCGAGGAGGAAUCGUUUGGAAAGAGGUGGACGAGACUGCGCGCUCUUUCCCGUUUUCACCGGGACCCGAGUUGGUGGUGAUCGAGCCGCCGCGGUGCCGCUGUGGGAGUGUCGCACGCACUCACGCGAGGAUAGUUUGCCCUGGAUUUUCAAUCAUUUGCGAGAUAAGGCUACCGGACCUCCUCCUCUUCGACGCUACCCUCCCUUCCUCAUCCCCGGUUUUUCUCGUCCUCUCCAAGCUCCGUGAGACCGCACGCGGGGUAGAGGCUCGCGCCCACCACGACAGAACCGAAGCAGGCCCCCUCCCCCACUCUCGAAGCCCCCCUCAGAUCAUCUCCUCAUUUUUCCCCUCCUUAAUAUUUUGCCUCUCCUUAAUAUUUUUCCUCGGAGGAGGAGGAUUGGGGGGAUUCUUUAGUUUCGCCCCUCUCUUUUCAACGUCCGUCCGAACUGAGUGAUAUUUUUAUUUGUUUUUUCCUCCUGUUUUCUCGAAGCCCCCGACGAGGCCGGGCUGUGUUCAGAAAAGCAGUGGGAUGACUUUGGAGUCAAUGAUGGCCUGCUGCCUGAGCGAAGAGGCCAAGGAGUCGAAACGAAUCAACGCGGAGAUCGAUAAGCAGCUCCGCCGGGACAAGCGCGACUCGAGGCGGGAGCUGAAGCUGCUUCUGCUCGGCACGGGUGAGAGCGGCAAGAGCACGUUCAUCAAACAGAUGCGCAUCAUCCACGGCACCGGUUACACGGAUGAGGACAAGCGCGGCUUCACCAAGCUGGUGUAUCAGAACAUCUACACCUCCAUGCAGUCCAUGAUCCGUGCCACAGAGACCCUGAAGAUCGGAUACAAGUAUGAACAGAACAAGGCGAACGCUAUGUUGGUGAAGGAGGUUGACAUUGAGAAGGUGAUGUCGUUUGACCAGCCCUACGUCAGUGCCAUAAAGAUGCUGUGGUCAGAUCCGGGCAUUCAGGAGGCUUACGACAGACGCAGAGAGUACCAGCUGUCAGACUCCACCAAAUAUUAUCUGUCUGAUAUGGACCGUAUUGCUGAGCACUCCUACCUUCCCACCCAGCAGGAUGUGCUGAGGGUUCGAAUCCCGACCACAGGCAUUAUCGAAUACCCGUUUGACCUUCAAAGCAUCAUUUUCAGAAUGGUUGAUGUCGGGGGUCAGAGGUCAGAGCGCAGGAAGUGGAUACACUGUUUUGAGAAUGUGACGUCCAUCAUGUUCCUGGUGGCUUUGAGCGAGUAUGAUCAGGUUCUGGUGGAGUCGGACAAUGAGAAUCGUAUGGAGGAGAGCAAGGCUCUGUUCAGGACGAUAAUCACAUAUCCAUGGUUCCAAAACUCCUCCGUCAUCCUCUUCCUCAACAAGAAGGACCUGCUGGAGGAGAAGAUCACUUACUCGCACCUGGUCGACUACUUCCCUGAGUUUGAUGGACCCCAGCGGGAUGCCCAGGCCGCGCGGGAGUUCAUCCUGAAGAUGUUUGUGGAUCUGAACCCCGACAGCGACAAGAUCAUCUACUCACAUUUCACCUGCGCCACCGACACGGAGAACAUCCGCUUCGUGUUCGCGGCGGUGAAGGACACCAUCCUGCAGCUGAACCUGAAGGAGUAUAACCUGGUGUGAGACGUCCAGCGGGUCCAUCGCCCCUCUCACCAGUCAGCAGAACAGGCACCCGCAGAGCGUGCACACACACCUACGUCCACAUACAACACACACACGAGAUCAUACACACUAUCAGUGACACGCGGUUUUCUUUUCCAACUUCCUGACUUUUUCGGACAUCUCUUGCUCUCAUCGUUAUUUUGCCAAAGUCUGUCCGCUUCUCCUCUGCAGCUCUCGUCAAAGGCCUCUGUCCUUUUAUCAAAUUUGACCAUCUCGAAUUUGACAAAGGGUGUUAGAUUCUGACCUGCACGCGUUCCAUGUUGGACCGGUGGAGAUGUGACGCGUGGCGCUAGUGAACGGUCUGCAAUGCGUCGGCCUGAAAACUGGAGGUGAUGUUCCUUCCUGUACUGUAUCGCUCGCUCCAAUCACGCCAUCUGUUUUUCUCAGAAUUCUGCCUGGAUGAAUGAAAAAUGUGGUUUUCACAGCCCUGAAAAAAAGAAAUCACGACAUAUUUACAUACUUGUACAUGGACACGAGGACUAGUGCUGUGGUGCCAGAAGUUCCGAAACGGAUCCAUUGAAUCUUCUUGUAUUCCAGGGAUUCCGGCGGAUUCUAGAACCCAGUGGGUUCCAGCGGGUUCCACCGACGGUGUGGAGAACCUUUCUGUCGCAGAGAUGAAUAUCUCGGUGUGGCUAGUCUUCAACUCGCAUCGAUGAAUGUAAACUUCAUGUGAGAGCAUCGCAAAAAAAAACUAACAAAAAAAUCUUUAAAAAAACGAUGAACGAAAAUAGUGUAAGAAUGCAUAUGUAAGCAAAACGAUACAACGCACGAGAAGGAGAGAUGAAACCAAUUCAAUAAAUCUGUGUAUAUUGCUGAGAUGAUCAUUUUAAAACGUUUUUAAUGAUAAGUAGCUACUUCUGCUAUCAUAUAUAAAAUAAAUUAUAAAAGCAGUCAGUUAUUGAUGGGUAAGAUUUUUAAAUGUGUGCGAAACAGGAUUAUACACACGCGGUAGGUUUUGUUCUGCAGAUUUUCACAUUUAAAACGAUUGCGUUGCUUCCUUCCCCAGAGGUCUCGUUUUCCCCGGUUUAAUGUUUUGAUUUUAUAACAGCAGCGUAGUGAUGAUCUAAAUGAAGUGUAUUAUUAGAAGCGUAUCGCUCAGAGCGCGUGAAUUUCUUUUUUCUCAAUACUUUAUCAGAAUCUGGGUUGGAAACACGCAGUUCAUCGUUUGUUUACGCAAAAAAACACACCGUAGAGUUUAAGUGGGUUCGCGGGAGGAUCGGGGGGGGGGCGGGGCAGGGGCUGGUGAGCAUUUAUGCGCUGAAGUUAAUUGAUUGUGUAUAUUUAUAUUUGUAAAUACGUAUACACAUUAUUGCUUGUGUACAAAACGUCUGUGGUACACUAUCUUUGGCAAAAAAGAAAGAAAAAAAUCACUUUGGUAAUUGUGUACGGUUUUCUUAUGAAUUACAAUAUUAUCGAUACUGUGAUUCUUCUGGUUUUCAUUAUUUUUUGUCACUAUGAAUACGCAGAUAUAACGCGUAGAGGACAUACAAGAUUUUAAGAGAUGACGUACGGUUAUGAGCAAAGGUCUGAGAAACUUCACAGGGAAAACUAGAUCGAUGGGAAUAUUUCCCAUUUCAGAUUUUCCCCGGAGAACGACGUCCUCUACAGUGUGAAUGUUAUAUGAGAGAAAAGUAUGAUUUUAAGCGAAAGAAAGGAUGACUUAAAGAACCUUUUAUUUAUGUAAUUUAUGGACCAGAUUUGAAGUUGUUGAUAAUUUGAAUUCUAUCGUUUCCUCUUUCGUAUUUGAAGCACUCCCAAGUUAUAAGACAGAAAUAGAAGACGAGUGUCUGUACUGCUGUAAAAAACUUCCGUUUGAUACCAUUUUUUAUUGUUUCAUUUGUUUUUCCCCAAACUUGAUUGUUGCCAUUAUGUUCCACACAAUAUAUUGUACUAUAAAUAUAUUUCCAAAAUCACACGUUUCACUUUCCUACGGAUUCGGGGUUUUUUUACAUUUCCAAAUGAUGUGUAGGUGCUGUGCCUAAAAAGAACAUAGGAAAUGUACCAUUUGAAAAUAGACACUUUUGAUCUGUGAUUUGAAGAUAUACGCUUGCAAGUAGUGACUUUUCAUUCAGAGUUCUACUUUCAUUUGGUUUGCUUUGCUUCCCUCAUUGUGUUUGUGAUGCACAGAUAGGCAAAACGUGUUAUUUUACAGUUCAUAUUUUAUACAUGUGAUGUUGCAUUCAUUUUCAUCAAGGGCUAAGAUAACGAAAACCAGAGACGGGGCAGAUGCAGAUCUGCUCACAGCUUCAAGAUCUAAGUGCUUGGUCGAGCAGUCUGAAGAAUUUGGGUUUUGUCAAAUGGGGUCAUUUCAACCAGUAACUUCCCAUCACACCAAAAUCUUGUGUAUUUUAUCUGGUCGCUUUAUUGAAGAAGCAUAUUUGGAAAUGAAACCUGAUGUGUUCUUUGUAAACUGAACCCACGUACUUCAGUGUUUCUGUGGGAUUCGCCGGUCACCGUCUGUAAACCCUGCGGUCAUUUCUAGUUCUUAGUUGUUCGUAGUGAGUUAGAUUUGUGGCAGUUAAACACUAAAUAAGCUUUAAAAACAUCUUAUAAGAAGUAUUGGAUAAACACCGUAGUGCAACAUGUGGCUGUGCAUUGUUUACUUGAUGAACCGUAUGCGUCUCUCUCUCUCUAAAGUCAUGGGACGUGGCUCAGAAAGUUUUUGUCAGCGUGGAUCUUUGUUGUUUUGAACGCAUCGGUUGCAAAUGAUGCGUUGCUCCGGCCGCGGAGCUCGAUUGUUAUUAAUGCACUUUUUUGGUUUUGGGUGCCACAAAGAAAAUGAUCGCUUUGAGGCCCGAAUAAACAGCAAGCUAAGCGACACUCAACAGCAUGAGCUACACAUAUCACAUCUUCAAGUGUGUUACUUCUUUAAUGUGCCAGUUCCAGACGUCUUGUGUUGCCCUUUCCCGAAAGAACCUCUACCUCUGUGAACCGUGUGACGUUUUCGGGCAUUUCAGGAUCGGUAGUCAUGUAACAAGCACACUUAUUUCGUCUGUAGGACACAGUAGAUCGAGGUUUGGAGGCCAAACGCUCUGGAAGCAGAAGAGAUGAAAUAUUGGAUCUUUUGCCAACAAACGUUCAUCUGUUUGUAUGCUUUGAUGUACACUGAACACGGCAGCGAAUCAUUAACUCCUCCUCAGGUCUAACUUUGUUGGCCGACGUCCUGAUGGUCCACCGUGUGGUUGAGAGAAAUGUUAUGCUUAUCUUUCUUUAGUUCCGCAGUAAACAGAUCAAUGACAAGUCCUGACGUUGCAUCGUGCGUCGUCCAAGCGCUUGCGUCUGUGUUCGCACAAAGUAAGUUUUAAUGUGAAUCCAGUGAUUUCUAUUGGAAUUUGGGCGUGGAAUUUGGGCGUGGGGCAACAACGCGGGUUUCGCGAUAGUCCAUCAUGCAACCAAAAAUGUAAAAACUAUUCAUGUGUUGAUGACCAGCAAUGCCCCAGUUGCUUAAUAUCGUAUAAGCUUGUGUGCGGCUAGGGACGGGUUACACACAUCUGCAUGUCGAAUGGACUGAAUGGUUGAGGUUCAGACCCAGACAAACCUGAAAUAUUUGCUUCUAAUCCCGUUCUUCAUUAUAGCACUUUACCUGAAAACUGCUAUGUCCAGGACCACUCAGUUCUUUCUGACACGGUGGUUGCGUCAUUUUAUUUGGUUUCCCAUCUUUUUUCUGCUUCUUUACCCUUUUGUUUUGUAAUUAUACCAAAUGUAAAUGUUGUAUUAUAUUGUGCGUGCCAAUCCCCAUUCUCUGAGACGGACUCGUAACAAGUGCCAAUUGUUGUCCAAAUGACGUGCGGACCGCGAGAUUAGACACGGUCCCCUUUUCAAAACACUAAAUAUGAGAGUGAACAGUUUUACUUUGUAUUUAAGUUUGAAGAUAAACUGCUGUUUUCUCUUCUUUUUUUAAGGAAUUGUCAUUAUUAAAGGACGUGCUCAUUGUCCAGGUGAGAGUUUUGGGUUCAGACAAACACAGUGAAAUCCUCGAGCCGAGGAGAGAUAGUGGAAAUUGAUUUAUAACAUUUAUGCCAUAUUUUGUCAUUUUUAUUUGUGUUUGUUUCAUUUCAACCACUGUUGCCUGAACCUCAUUCAAACAUGGAAAUGAUUUUCAUAACCGCCUUCUCAAAAAACGAAAACUAUAAAGUAUCUGUUUUAAAUUUAAAUAAAUUUGUUCCUAUACUU